AUGGCCAUCGACAUCGGCCUACGGUCGGUGAUUGAAUAUAUAGCAAACCGCCCGUCACUGCUAUGUUAUGCAUUCCUCACUUAUGUGACAGUAUAUUUUGCAACUGUUAUCCUGUUCGGGAGAAAGAAAGGGAGGAACCCGCUUCAACAUGACCACAGAAGAUCGCCGGAACCAUUCGUUCAUGAUACAAAGUUGCGGGACGCCGUUCUCAAAGAUAGAUUCAAGGCCAGUAAAAUACCUGCACAUUUAGAUGUCAUCAUUAUCGGCAGUGGUAUAGGAGGUCUUGGAGCUGCUGCUCUUCUCACGAGAGCUGGUAAGAGAGUUCUUGUGCUGGAGCAGCAUGAUCAGGUUGGAGGAUGUUGCCAUACAUUUGUGGAGAAAGGAUUUGAAUUUGAUACCGGCAUUCACUACAUUGGGCAAAUGCAUGAAGGCUCAAUUCAUCGAGUACUUCUGGAUCAGCUCACUUCAGGUCAGCUCAGAUGGACAAAACUAGAUGAUACUUAUGACACUGUUGCUGUGGGUGGUUCCUCUACAACCAAAUGGUUCCCCAUGAAGUCAGGAAAGGAUGAAUAUUAUAACAAUCUGAUAAACUUGUUUCCAGAUGAGAAGUCUGCAAUACUUGCUUACAAAGAUCUAGUCAAGGAUGCCUCUAGUGCUUUCUUUGGAAUUGUGUUACUGAAAGUGCUACCACGUUUGCUGGUAAAGUUUGUCCUGAAGACAGGCCUGUAUAGUUUAAUAUUCAAGUGCUACAGGAAACGAUACACUUCUAGAACUCUCCAGGAGGUGCUUGACGGCCUGACAGACAAUAAAGAGUUGAAACUGGUGCUUUGUUACCCUUGUGGAGAUUAUGGUGUCAUGCCAAAGGAUGUUUCAUUUAUCCUCCACGCCAUUCUUGUAAGCCACUAUGAGAAAGGAGCAUUUUAUCCAGUAAAUGGAACAUCAGAAAUAGCUUUCCACAUCGUUCAGACUAUAACUGAAGGGGGUGGGAGUGUGCUAGUGCAGGCACCGGUCACCAAGAUCCUCUGUGACCCAAAAGGAAAGGCAAUGGGUGUCCGUGUGGCUACGGGCAAAAAAGAAUUAGAAGUACAUGCCACCUGCAUUAUUUCUGAUGCUGGUGUUGUCAACACAUUCAAACAUUUACUGCCGGAGAAUGUUGCAAAGUCCUCAUGUAUCUAUCCUUUGAUCGAGAAAGUGGGACAGAGUGUUUCUUUUAUCACUGCAUUCAUUGGAGUGGAAGGUAGUUCUAGCGAUUUAAAACUACCAGCUGCCAAUGUCUGGCUGUAUGAUACGGAUGACAUCAAUAAGGCAGUGACAGAAUAUCUCAGUGUGAACGCUGAUGACGCCGACACAGCUGAUAUUCCUUUUGCCUUCAUUUCCUUCCCAUCUGCCAAAGAUCCUCAGUGGGAGCAGAAGUUCCCAGGUAAAACUUCCUUGCUAGUUAUCACAUUAGCCAAAUGGGAGUGGUUUGAGGAAUGGAAAGAUGAAGCUGUCAGACACCGAGGUGACCGCUAUGAAGGAAUUAAGGAUGCCUUUGGCAGAAAAAUGUGGCAACGAUGUGUUGAUCUCUACCCUCAGCUAGACGGAAAGAAAGUGUACAUGGAGGUUGGUACACCUGUCAGUAAUCAGCAUUACCUGGCAUGUCCCAGGGGUGAAAUGUAUGGGCUGGAUCAAAAGGUAGUACGAUUUACACCUGGUGUAGUCAGUAAACUACGUCCAGACACAGAUAUUAAAGGACUCUAUUUAACAGGCCAAGACGUCUUGACAUGUGGAUUCGCCUCGUCUCUCCUUGUCGGUCUUAUAUGUGCAUCCCAGAUAUUAAAUCGGAAUAUCUACAGUGACUUGCUUCAGUUUCGAAAACACAUUUUGAAAGGAAGUUCACUUUCCAAGGAAGCCAACCAGAAAAAGGAGGAGUAG